GGGCUCCCGGCCCCUUGCCCCCCCUCCAGAUCGCCAGGACCUGGAGCAGGCCGACAAGGUGGACAAGCUGCAGGAGCCGCUGCUGGAGGCGCUGAAGAUCUACGUGAGGAAGAGGAGGCCCAACAAGCCCCACAUGUUCCCCAAGAUGCUGAUGAAGAUCACGGACCUGCGCAGCAUCAGCGCCAAGGGCGCCGAGCGGGUGAUCACGCUGAAGAUGGAGAUCCCCGGCUCCAUGCCGCCCCUCAUCCAGGAGAUGCUGGAGAACUCGGAGGGCCUGGACACGCUGGGCGGGCAGCCGGGCGCCUCCCGCGUGAGCAGCCUGGCGCCGCCCCCCGGCAGCUGCAGCCCCAGCCUGUCGCCCAGCUCCAACAGAAGCAGCCCGGCCACCCACUCGCCGUGACGCCGCGGCCGGCGCCGGCGUCAGGACGCCGUUCUUGCUCUUUGCUGCCAGGCCCGAGGGCCGCAUGGCAAGCCAAGGAGGAGGGGGAGGAGGUGACGCUGCCGCGGGCCACCCCCCUCCUCCGGGCCCCAGCCCGUUCCUGUCCGUAUCAGCACACACUGUGGCCAUGGCUUCCCUGUUGACUUGUGACGGACUCUUCCGUAGAAUCAGAAGUGGAUCCCGUGGGCACUGCCAGGGGGCACUGAGCCCUCGCUGGGAUCAGCUGGGGCCGGUUUACAGACCCCCAGCGACUGAUGUUUGUACCCAGGUUGGAGCAAACUAGCGCCCCGCUCCCCCCCACUCUCACCCCCCCCAGCGCGCUGUCGCAGGGGUCCGGCCCACGGCUGGGGGGCGCUGCACCCAUGUGAAGAUGAAGUGUCUUUUGGUUGAGUUGCAUUUCAAGUGUUUCCGGGGGGGUUGGGGGGAGAGGGUCAGUUUGGGAAACGUUAGUUGUUUUUUAAAAUUUUCAUGAGCAAAAUCGAUCAGCGGAUUGUGGCCGUCACGCGCACCCCCACACACACCAUGUUCCCCCCACACACACACACGCCUGUCGUCACCAGCAAAACCAACAACAAUCCAAUUCGCUUGUCAGGUAAAACCAGAAACACCCGCCAGGAACCAGAGGCCGAUUCAUUGCAAAGCCAGACAAAGCCAGAUUAUAUAUCUAUAAAUAGCUAUAAAUAUCUAUAAAUACCUUUUAAAAACUUUGUAAAAGUCGGGAGGGGUUUUUAGAGACGUGCUGCGGUUGGCAAGGGGGGGUCCCGGAUCUGGAUGUGAAGUGGGGGCGGGGAGGGGGCUGGGGGGGGACAGGGGUCCACACAAUUUAUUAUUAUUAAAUUUUUUUGUUGUUG